AUGAGGAGGAGAGGGCCAUCACCAAUAGUUCCUUCUCUAAUGGUGGGUGUCCUGGGAUUGCUCAUCUUUGGCCCUAUGAUAUCGUCACUUGCGGAAUAUGUACUGCCACUAUUUCACGUAGGCGAUGAAGAUGUUGCGUUCAACUUCUGGAUGGUGCUUCCUCUUUUACUGUUGCUGCUCAUACACUUGAUUUCUUCAUGCUUUCCCUCACGUGGCAACAGGUAUUUUGGUACAAAACAAGGAAGUAGUAGCUCUAGCUAUGAUGCUGAUGGAUAUGGGUUGGGAUCAUUACUUCUUCUUGUGAUCUUCUUUGUUCUGUAUAAUGUUUGGUGA